CUACUGGCCAAUACCAGGUCACUUACAUUCCACCUCAAAGCUAAAGAUAAAAGCAUCGUCUUCAUGACAACAAGCAUUUACAGUGAGGCUGCAGCCUUGCAGACCUUAAUAGAGGCGAACCUGCGGGUGUUAUACCCAAUGCACCAAAUGGAGGUCGUGACAUACAAGGACGGCGACGGUCAGAUCUACGCAUGCGUAGUUGGGGUGCCGAGUCAUCGUGAGUGGUACGUGGGAGAGCUCGAGAUUCUGCACAAGGGCGAGCCUGGAAACCCGCCAUGGGGUUUCCAGCACUCGUUGGAGAGUGUUUUCCGUGAAAUUCAGGAGUUAUUGGGGGCUCAACUACAGAGACAAGAUCGCCGGAGGAGUUGAACCUUGACUAUUAUAUUAUAUUCCUGAUAGGUUAUUGUGGAAAUGUAUAUGUACUCCGCGGUGUUAGCUUGCUCCCAGUGUAGGUAUGCUCCCUCCAUGUGAUUUUCAAUACAAGAUAAGACAGCUCAAUUACGAAAUCA